UUUUCUCGGUGCUGUCUAUUGUUACGCUCACAGAUCCCACCAGUCUGUACCUGUCAUGUGUGUGGAGCUUCAUGAGCUUGAAGUGGUCCUUCCUGUUGACCCUUUACUCGCAUCGAUAUCGCAAAGAGUUCGCAGACAUCUCCAUCCUCAAUGACUUUUAAACACACAGCAGCACACUAGUGUCCACAGGUAAACAAUCACAAACAUACCACAUGUGCUCGGCUGUUAGCGUGCAGACUGGAGCAGAAACACUCAACGAGGAGAGUCUGAAAGUAGGAUAUCAGUAGCAGAUCAUUCUCUCUUUCUACACUCGUCUGUCCAGCGCUCUUAAGUUUUAAAUCUGGACUUUUUAAACUCUAUGAUCAAUGUCAGUCUUUCUGAGCCUUUUUACAUUGAAUGAGAUGUUAAGAAGAGUUUCUGUCUUUCUCCAAGCUGCUGUUUUCUUCUUGUCUUGAAUGUUUUUCCUUCUGCUGUUUCAUUAUGAGAUACGAGUGACAGUUUUUAAUUGAGCUGGAGAAUGUCACACGUUCUCCUGCUACCGCACAGAUGUCUGGUGUUUUUUUUAAAAUAAGCACUUUAAUGUCCUUUAGUAAGUGGUUUAACCAUCACAAACGCUGUUCCUUUGGGAAUCUUGAGGCUUUAUAGGUGAAGGAUGUGCUGUUUGGAAAGGUUAUGGUUCUUUGUUCAUGGAUUGAAUGAUUUUUGUAGCGUAUGUUUCCACAAGACAAACAGGGUUUUUCAUAUUGAACAUCAAAUGUCUGUCAGCUGCGCUCAGACAUUAAUGCACGAGUUUGUUGUUCUAUAACUUUGAGCUUUCUUUUUUUUACAUAAUUACGCAAAAACAUUGUAUUAUACUGUUUAGAAUGGGUUUUUUUUGCUUUCGCCUCAACUUAUGUGAACAAAUCCAUUAUAUUGUAUUACAAAAUCAAUAUCUUUAUGUAUGUGUGAGUGGCCCAUUAAUAAAAUAACCUGUUAUUAUGUCCUUA